CUUCACUGUUCUGCAUUACCCACCUACAAUCAAUGGCUCCUCUUGUGCUCCUCACCGGUGCUACCGGGCUUGUUGGCUUCCGAGUGCUCUUGGAAGCUCUCAAAAGCGACUAUAGUAUCCGCUUCACAGCUCGCUCAGAGGAAAAGGCCCAAAAAAUCCUAUCCAACCCAGCUAUCCAGGCCCUGGCUCCAGGCGACCGACUUUCAUCCAUCAUUCUAACCGAUACGACAGUCGACAACGCAUUCAAUGCCGCCCUACAAGGCGUCACGUACGUCAUCCAUGUUGGAAGUCCUGUCGCGGUACCAGGCUUCCAUCCUCUUGAGCAAGUAUGGCAUCCCACCGUCAAGGGGACAUCGAACCUCCUCACCUCCGCACUAAAAGUGCCCACCAUCAAACGAAUCAUCAUCACCUCCUCAAUCGUAGGAAACAUGCCACCCAUCCCAGACCCCUUGACAACUAUCACCGCCGCAUCACGAAUCCAUUUACCUGGCCCCGCCCCAACAAGCUUCUCCAACCUCUUCGAGGCAUAUGCCCUCUCCAAAAUCUAUGAAGCGAACGAAACCGACGCCUUUGUCGAGAAGAACAAACCCCAUUUCACAGUCGCGCGUAUCAUGCCCGGCUAUGUCUUUGGGCGUAACGAGCUGGCACUCACGGCAGACGCGGUUCUCAAUGAGAAUAGCUCCAACCAAUACCUCAUGGCCAGUAUCACGGGAAAAGAUAUCAGUUUCCCGCUGCACGGUGGGUACGUCCAUAUCGAUGACCUGGCGGAGGUUUAUAUAAAGGUACUGGGUCUUGAGCCUACGCCCGAGACGCCCGGGAACUUCGGGGCCUGCGUUAAUGUUGAUUAUACGGGUCUUUUUGAUUAUAUUGAGAAGGCGUUUCCCAAGGCGGUUGCUGAGGGGGUUUUUAAGCGUGGUAGUCUGGGCACGUUGCCUUUCUCCUAUGAUUCUAGUGAGACGGAGAAGACGUUGGGGUUGAAGUUUCGUUCGUUUGAGGAUGCUAUGUUGGAUACUGCCAAGCAGUAUCUGGAGAAACUGGGCAAGGAAUUUGCCUGA